AUGAACGUAAAUAGCACUCAAAUUCCUCAUAGUCCGACUGAAUCAUCAUCUGAAAAUAAUGAAAAUCAAUCCAAUAUUAGUCAAUUAUUAUUUACUGAAACUAUAAUUACAAGUCAAACACCAUUAAUAUCAUUCAACAUGACAAAUAUGAUUCCAAGUCAAAGACCAAUAAUUACAAAUACAUCUGAACAUAACAAUCGAUCUUCUCGACGUCAAGCUCAACGAAGACGACGUCAACGACAACGUCAACGAAGGCGAGAAGAACGCGUGGCACUACAACAACUACAAAUACAGCGACAAAGACAACAACGACAACAACAGAGACAACAACAGCACCAACAACUACUGAGACAGCAACAACAACAAAGGCAACAAAGACAACAGCAACAAAGACAUCAACAGCAACAAGUACGACCGCAACCAAGACAUUAUCCAGGUCAAAGUUCACAAAGACCACAGGAACGAUAUACACGAUGGGCCGACCAUCUAAGUCAAUGGGGCCUUGAACUAACUCAACGAUUGCAACAACGUCACCUUCCGUGGGAACUCCAACAAAACCGACGACAAAACUACUAUGACAAUCAAUUAUAUCCUUCUGAUCAUAUGGAAGAACCAAUGGAUGAAAUGUACAAUGAUCCACUUAUAGAAGCAUAUCUGUGGGAAACGAUGGAUCCAAAGGAACGAUGGGAACAAGAACAAAUCAAUGAAUUAGAAAAAAAUCAUGUCGUCGAUCCAUUUGAACAAUUAACAAUUAUGCAAGAUGAACUCGAACAACUUCAGCAGAUUGAUCAUAUUCAAAGAUUAAAAGAACAAGAAGAACAGAUUCAACUACAACAGUGGGAACAAGAUAAUUCCAUCGAAUUAAAAGAUCCUUCUAUUCUAGCUUAUAUAUCACAACUUCAAGAUGAUAUUCAACAAUUAACACAAACUGAUGUUAUUCAAACGAUGGAUCAUGAAAUGAUUGAAAACCAAGAACAACAACAAAACGAUCAAGAUGUACCUCACAUGGAAGAAUAA